AUGAAGGGCUUCAGACAGAGAGUGGGCGCAGGCUUGGUUGGUCAGCCCGUGAAUAACGGUGGACCAGGUACGCCCACGAAGCAAGGACAACAGAUGGCUCCGAGCGUGGUCAUCAGUCCAAGCGCACCGCAUGUCCCUCCCCCCGGAGCCGCCGAAACCAUGCCCGGAGAUCUCGCCCCCCCACGGAAGUCCCAUGUCUUCGAUCGCCUUCAGACGACACCCAAGGAUAUGUCCGAAGGAAUCCGAACCCCUAAGCGCCAGCAUUCAUCGCGUUUCGAUAUUUCCGAUCAGCGCCAAAGAGAGUUGGAAAAGCUGCAGGGCUUCCACGAGGUUCCCCCGAAUCGUCGCCAAGAACUGUUCAUGCAGAAGAUUGAUCAAUGCAACAUCAUCUUCGACUUCAAUGACCCCACUGCCGACAUGAAGUCCAAGGAGAUCAAGAGACUGGCGCUCCACGAGCUCCUAGACUACAUCGCCAACAACCGUUCGGUCAUCACGGAACCCAUGUAUCCUCGUGUAGUCGAGAUGUUCGCAAAGAAUCUUUUCCGACCAAUCCCGCCCCCGGUGACUCCCCAAGGCGAGGCGUUUGACCCAGAGGAGGAUGAGCCGGUGUUGGAAGUCGCAUGGCCCCAUAUCCAGGUUGUUUAUGAAUUCUUCUUGCGCUUUAUCGAGAGCCAGGACUUCAACACCAACAUCGCGAAGCAAUAUAUCGAUCAUCACUUUGUGCUUCAGUUGCUGGAGCUGUUCGACUCGGAAGACCCUCGUGAGCGUGACUUCCUCAAGACAACCUUGCAUCGUAUUUACGGAAAGUUCUUGAACUUGCGAUCCUACAUUCGCAGAUCUAUCAACAACGUCUUCUUCCAGUUCACGUAUGAGACUGAGCGAUUCAACGGAAUCGCUGAAUUGUUGGAAAUCUUGGGAUCUAUCAUCAACGGCUUUGCUCUUCCACUGAAGGAAGAACACAAACUGUUCCUGACAAGAGUUCUACUACCUUUACACAAAGUGAAGAGCUUGAGCAUGUACCACCCACAGUUGGCCUACUGUAUCGUUCAAUUCCUGGAGAAGGACUCCUCGUUGACGGAAGAUGUGGUCCUUGGUUUGCUGCGCUACUGGCCCAAGACAAACAGCACAAAGGAGGUUAUGUACCUGAACGAGGUGGAAGACAUCUUCGAGGUCAUGGAUCCUGCCGAAUUUGCCAAGGUCCAGGUGCCUCUGUUCCAACAGCUUGCGAAGUCUGUCGCUAGCCCGCACUUCCAGGUUGCGGAACGAGCGCUCUAUUUCUGGAACAACGAAUAUUUCUGUAACCUUGUUAGCGACAACGUGGAGAUCAUUCUGCCGAUCAUGUUCCCUCCAUUGUAUGAGAAUUCCAAGGGUCAUUGGAACAGCAUGGUUUACAACGCAAUGAAGAUGUUUAUGGAGAUCAACCCACAGCUUUUCGACGAAUGCUCUCAUGAGUAUAAUGAACGCCAGAACAGCGCUGAAGAGCGUGAAUUGGGCAGACAGCAGAGAUGGGAGAAGGUGUUGGAACGGGCCAAAGACAGGAAGAAUGGGGUUACUGUGCCCCCGCAAUGUCAGGUUGCGGAGAUCCCCGUCCAUCUAGAUGACAUCGACCAAGUGGCACACGAAAGUCAGAAGCGUCUUCAUGCCCUGAAGUUGGAUGACUCGAGCUCGACUGAGCGCCGGCCCCGAGAAAGCACGGCAUCUUCGGUAAGUACGGAGCGCCCCGAGUAG